GUCCUCACUACCAUAGUUCGUGUCCUCAACCGGCGAACUGCUGUUCACACUGCCUCACUUGUUUGCAGUAGAGACGCGUUAAGCUCAAGUCUAUUUCACAAGUUAACUGGCAGACGACAAAACGACAUGGCAGGCGUUAAGGAGAUCGUAAAUGCAAAGAUUGCCGGCAAAAAGGUGAUGGUGUUUUCCAAAUCCUAUUGUCCGUUCUGCACGAAAGCGAAGCAGGCUUUUCAACAGUUAAUAUCGGAAGGGGUAUUGCCGACAGACGAUUAUGAAGUGAUGGAAAUAGAAAACCAUCCAAACUGUGACGAUAUUCAGAACUACCUGGGCACAUUGACAGGGGGGCGAUCGGUACCCAGAGUGUUUGUUAAUGGUGAGUUUCUUGGGGGAGGAGAUGAUACAGUCAGAAUGAAACAAAACGGUGAACUAGAAGCAAAACUGCGUUAAACAAGCCAACAGAAUGGUGACAUGUGCAUAUAUAAACUUUCAUAUACAAUAUAAAUAUAUAUAUAUAUAUAUAUACAUACGUACAACUUCAAAAUCAGUUUGUUUGAAUUAUUUAUAUACCAGUGCUGUAGUUUUCACCAAGAUGUCGCCCUGUGAUCUAUGGUGUCCAUGAAUCAGUGAGUUGUUCCUGGUCUUCAGCAGCCAUGGUUCACCAAAUGCAUGAGUUGUAUCCCACAACUGCCAAAUUGCACACACUGUUAUUAUAUAGAACGUUUCCAGUGCACCAGUAUUUGAAAUGCUCAUGGGUGUAGUAUUUUGUUUAAAGUAUUGUUUCCAGCUUCCAUUACAUUUCAGUAACUGAGACCCUUGUGGAGUUUUGUUCCCUUUCCACAGUUCACUCCUCAGCAACUGAGUCUAAUGUGAAUUUUUAUUCCCUUUUGACAGUCUCAGUGUAUCUAUAAGCUGAGUUCCAUAUGUGUUGGUAAAAUGUUGCAUAAGCCUUAAACAGAUUUAAAUGCAGUACCAUUUUGUAGCCAGAUGUUCAUGGUUUACUUCCUGUAGUGUCAUGGUGAGGGUAAAUGUAGUUUCAUUGUUCGUGAACAAAGGCUGAAGUUUGCUGAACAAAAGCUGAAGUUUGUUGAACAGUAUCAAUGAUAUGAUGAAAGUAACCUGUGAUUUGGCUCAUUGUUAUGAACGAACUUCACUUUUAUGACUACUUGUGUUCAGAGGUGAAGUCACCCCACCCAGUUCAAGCUUACAACCUAGAGUUUUGAGCUAUUUUGUGUUUAUUCAUACCAGAAAUCCAUUACCUAGAAGUAUGCAACUUCCCUGUAGCUUGUCUCCACAAUACAGUACACAUAUUAGGUCAUCUGUAGAAGCUUGCGUCACUGGGUGGAGAAACAUGACAACCUCUUGUGUGGAAAUUGUGAAGUCAAUCUUGGGAAAUCUAAUUGUGAAUGGCUGCUACAAGGACUUGCCACACCUUUAAACCCAAACUCCAUAUUUAAAAAGUGAUUUUACUAAUCAUUGUUGCUCUGCAGUUAAGAACCCAUUGACUACUUUUAUAUUUCCAAGCUAUAAAACAAUUACCAUCAAAGACAUAGUUGUUUUUUUACCAGACUAUCUGUUGUCGUAAUUUUUGUCUAUUUCAACAACCGUGUUUGGAACCCAUCAUGCAUCAGCUGUUUCUCAAACGUUUGUUGUGUAAUAGAAAGAAAAUUACAUGGCUGCGCAGUUAAGUCACAUAAUAUGUAGAGAUCAAAGAAAAGUGUGAAAUGCCAUGGAGACUAACUAUAGGGAAGUUGCAUACUGCUAGGUAAUGGACUUCUUUUCAUACUGACAGCCCAAAGGAGACAUUGGCAUAAUGGGCAAACUGUAUCAGCAUACUCAUCCUUAUAGUUUCGCAACCUAUGGUGUGUACAGGUCAUGCAAUUUCCUAUUAUUUUACAAGAUGCAAGGGCAAUAAUUUAUCAUGUAUAAAUGCAAAUGUUUUCCAAAACCCAAGUCCUGAGCAAGCACUGCAUUUUCAAAGUCAUCUUCAGUGCAGGGGCUAAUUGCACAAAGCGAGUUCAGACUUGAACCAAUAUACAGAACUUUAAUGUAAUGUAUAUUUUAUGGGAACAGAUGUUCAAAUUAAGACAGAUUUGUCUGAACAUAUGAUAACCUUUCUUUCAGGCCCCUAAUAUUAACCCCUUAAAAACAAGAGUUGAAUUAAGAUUUAAGACUCGAGUCAAAACUGCCAUUGUGGAAUCAACCACAGAAGUAAUACAUGAACUUUGUGAAGUUCCUCUGUUUGCCUGUAUGGCUAUGUACAGACCAUGUAGGCCUGUGUUUGUGAUAAUUAAGAUAAUAUACAAGAGAAAAGUUGGGCUGCGUUCCUCCGUUUUUUAACACAUGUAUUACAGUAAUAUUGCUCAUUUACCAUAAUUAACCCACUCUUGUACAUGUAACAUUUUUUGUACAUGUUUUUGUUACAUAAUAAAGACUGUAUAUGC